CUAGAAAAACCAAUCAGCGUCUCCGCGGUUCCUGGUUAUAAAGUCGCCACCGACCCGCCCGGACUCUGCUUCUUCCUAGACCCAGAGGAUGCGAGUCGUGGGGCCGCGAACCCUCCUCCUGCUGCUCUCGGGGGUCCUGGUCCUGACCGAGACCCGGGCGGGCUCCCACUCCAUGAGAUAUUUCAGCACCGCCGUGUCCCGGCCCGGCCUCGGGGAGCCCCGGUACCUGGAAGUCGGCUACGUGGACGACACGCAGUUCGUGCGGUUCGACAGCGACACCCCGAAUCCGAGGAUGGAGCCGCGGACGCGGUGGGUGAAGCAGGAGGGGCCGGAGUAUUGGGAUCGGAACACGCGAAACGCCAAGGGCACCGCACAGAAUUUCCGAGUGGGCCUGAACAACCUGCGCGGCUACUACAACCAGAGCGAGGCCGGGUCUCACACCUUCCAGUGGAUGUACGGCUGCUACGUGGGGCCGGCCGGGCGCCUCCUCCGCGGGUUCAUGCAGUACGGCUACGACGGCAGAGAUUACAUCGCCCUGAACGAGGACCUGCGCUCCUGGACCGCGGCGGACACGGCGGCUCAGAUCACCAAGCGCAAGUGGGAGGCGGCCGGUGAGGCGGAGGCACAGAGGAACUACCUGGAGGGCACGUGCGUGGAGUGGCUCCGCAGACACCUGGAGAACGGGAAGGACACGCUGCUGCGCGUAGACCCUCCAAAGGCACAUGUGACCCAUCACCCCAUCUCUGGUCGUGAGGUCACCCUGAGGUGCUGGGCCCUGGACUUCUAUCCUGAGGAGAUCUCAUUGACCUGGCAGCGCAAUGGAGAGGACCAGACCCAGGACAUGGAGCUUGUGGAGACCAGGCCUUCAGGAGAUGGGACCUUCCAGAAGUGGGCGGCCCUGGCGGUGCCUUCUGGAGAGGAACAGAGAUACACGUGCCGUGUGCAGCACAAGGGGCUUCAGGAGCCCCUCACCCUGAGAUGGGAACCUCCUCAGACCCCCUUCCUCACCAUGGGCAUCAUUCUUGUCCUGGUUCUCCUCGUGGUGGCCGUGGUGGCUGGAGCUGUGAUCUGGAGGAAGAAGCGCUCAGGUGAAAAAGGAGGGACCUAUACCCAGGCUUCAAGCAAUAACAGUGACCAGGGCUCUGAUGUGUCUUUCACAGUUCCUAAAGUGUGAGACACCUGCCUUGUGGGGACUGAGUGAUGCUGCAUCCCCCCAUGUCACAUCAGAUCCCUGGACCCCUCUUUCUGCAGCUGCAUCUGAACGUGUCUGUUCUAGUAGCAUAACAUGAGGAGCUGGGGAGAUUGGCCACCCCUUCCCACCGUGCCCCCUCCCGCCCUGACCUGUGUUCUCCUUCCUGAUAUCUUUCCAGCAGAAACAGGGCUGGGCCGUCUCAAUCCCUGUCUUCGCUUCAUAUGCACUGAGUAAUGAUAUCUUAUUUCCUUAUUGAAAAUAAAAUCUGUAUAUAUGAA